AUGCUGGGCAUAGAAACGUCUCUUCUUGGCGAUGCUCCUCCGGCCAGCCGGUCGCGAUUCUCCAAAGCGCUGCCUUGCGUCCCCUCGGCCGACGGAAACAGCCUCCCGCUUCCGCACUUGCCGCUUCCUCCUCUUCCUCUUCCUCUUCCUCCUCCUCCUGCCGCUGCCGCUGCCGCUGCCAAAGUGCCUCGGGGGAAUGGCGGCGACACCAGGGUCGUCAACAGCAUCCCCAGGAAACCCGUUGCAUUCUCAGCCUCCAAGCCAAUCCCUCCUGCGCCAUCGCCCUCCUCGUCCGCAACCACGUCGAUGGCGAUACCCAGGCGGCCAGUCGGCGGCGCUGUGCAGCCCCCCGUACAACCUGGCCUCGCUCUUCCCCCAGAGCCCUCACCUACCGAUUCCAUAUGCAGCCUGCUGCUGGCGUAUUCGCGCGAGCCAGACGUCCCAGUCUCCUCGGGUGGCACCUACACGACAGAAAGCAGAGUCGGCGCCGUCCGCGACCCCGAGAGCCUGUCACAUGCUGCCGGCAAGUCGUCACCACCACCACCACCACCACCAGCACUGCGCAGCUACCAGAGCAACGACCAGAGCAGCCACCAGAGCUUGCAAGCCAUGCCGCCCGCAUCGGGAAACCGCAGCAAGAACAGCUGUCCCGCGCCGCCACCCAAGGAUGGCCGGGACGACCAAUCUUCUCCUUCGCGAGUCAAGCCACUUCCCUCAACUCCGCUGCCCAAUCCACCACUAUCACUACCACCACUACCACCACUACCACCACCACCACCACCGCCGCCGCCGCCGCCGCCGCCGCCCCCUCGAUCCGAAAUCUGGAAACGCCGGCCGCAGGCUGGCGACAAGGUAAAGGAGCUGCCCGAUCUCAAGCUGCAUCACAGCCACGGCUCAACUGCAUCCACUUCGUCCGUCCAAACGGCUGUCGUCAAAGCAACCCCCGCCGCUGGUGCCUCCCACCCGAGCCCGCGCGACGAGGCGGACCAGACCUCACCACUGCCACCUGUCAUGUCCCUGCCGGGACCCAACAACAUACGGCCCAACACACGGCCGGCACCGCAAGCUGAAGCCCACGAGGCGCCUGAAUCCAUGGGAUGUGCCGGGUCAAAGGCUCUGGGCACCAAAGACCAGCCCGCAGGCGUCAAUCUCAACCCCACGGCGAACGCGAAUCGCUUCCCUCCGCGCACAGACAGCAAGCGGCCCCCCACGCCCGAAUACACAAAGGGCGACGUCGAGCCUCCGCGCGCUCUGGCUGACAAUGUCGCCAAGCCAGCAUCCCCCAUCUCGGCCAACGCAUCACCAAGGGAUGGGACCAGAGCUGACAUGGCCAAAAGGACACCGUCCCAGCCGUUGCUUUCCUCAUUCCCCCAAGAGCGCCCCGAAUCCCACCUUGGACCUAGACUCUCAUCUGCAGCCCCGGACCUGCGCCUUGCCCGAAGUUUUCAGGACCUACGACGACCUGGACCGAUUCCUGCCCACGACGUGCCUCCCAACUCGUGCAGGAAACCGCACCCGCACCCGCACCCGCACCCGCCUUACCCACUUCACCCAAGUCUAGACAGUAGCAGUCGUGCUACACACCCUUCAACCUCACCGCUCGCAUCAAACGGCUCGGGCACUCCGCCCAGACGACCUGGCACAACGUCCGGAGGACCCGAGCCGAGGAUAGUCCCACCGUCGGACGCGCGAGAACCCCUGUACCAUGGCCGAGAUGGUUCACUGUAUGCGGAAAUGAAGACUUGCGACACCUUCGACCCCAGAGCCGCCUACUUUCCGGUCCAGACAGACAAGCCUGUCGAUCCCGGCGCAAUCAUAGCGUCCAAGCCGCCGAACCACUCACAUUACGAUUGCUAUCAGAAGCAUCGAACAAUGAAUCGCAGGUCCAACAGGAACCAUCCGCUCACUUGCCAAACCUGCGACAGAGCGGACGUGGAGGACCGCUGGGUAUGCACCUUUUGCCACUUGCGCAUCUGCGAAGCGUGCAUGCGAGCAUUGAAUGGGCAUGGGAAGGUCUUGAGGAGCCUGGUAGACCAGCUGGAGAUGAGCACUCCGCUCAGCUUGUCAUCCGUAUCGCGGCCCGCGUCUGCUCUGGGAAUCGAAUUGCCGCCAAGCUAG